AGGCAGAGCGAGCAGCAGGCCGCAGGCGCCAGCGCUGGGAACGGGAGCCUUUGAAGAAGGCGGCGGCGUCCCCAGGGCCGGGGUCAGGCCAGGUCGCCUGGCGGCCGGGCCAGCAUGAGCCACUCGGUGCUCCUCAGGAGGAACUCUAGCACGCGGGGCCUGGAGACGCUCUUGAGGCUCACCACUCAGUGGAGUGUGGAGGAUGAAGAGGAAGUGGCCCGGGAGCAGCGCCGGCGGGAGCGGGAGAGGAUGAAGCGGGACCAGGAUGAGGGUGGCCCCCACCCAGAGCAGCCGGAGCAAGAGGCUCUCCUCGGAGUGAAGCCCUCGGAGGCCCCUGAACAAGACGAGGAGGACGAGGGUUUUGGUGACUGGUCCCAGAAGCCACAGCAGCCACCACAGCAGCACUGGGUUGAGGAGGGGGCCUUGGAUGGCGGAGAGUGCCCCGGGGCUGAAAGUCCAGAGGGCAAGCAGGACAGGUCCUGCCAGCGAACCUGUGGAAAUGAGAUCAGUGAUGGGCUGCGUCAAGCCAGUGUCCACCUGGAACAGCUAGGUUUGAGCCAGGAGGGGUCUAGCCCAGAGGAGCCUGUCCAGGGCCACCAGGAGGUGGCAGAGGCUGGGGAGGCAGAGGAGCACCAGAGAUGUCAACAGCCCAGGACCCCCAGUCCCUUGGGCUUGGAGGGGAACACCAGACCAAUCUCACCUCCCCUGAGCCCUACCACCAAACUUGCUGACAGGACCGAGUCCCUGAACCGCUCCGUAGAGAAGAGUAACACUGUGAAGAAGUCCCAGCCAGCCCUGCCCAUCGCCAAGAUUGACGAGCGGCUGCAGCAGUAUACCCAGGCCCUCGAGUCUGCUGGCCGGACGCCCAAACUCUCCCGCCAGGCCUCCAUAGAGUUGCCCAGCAUGGCGGUGGCCAGUACCAAGAGUCUAUGGGAGACAGGAGAGAUGCAGACUCUGUCUUCUGCCAAGACCCCCUCCUGCAAGGAUAUUGUAGCAGGAGACAUGAGCAAGAGAAGCCUCUGGGAGCUCAGCGGAGACCCCACGCCCUCAUCCUCCAUCAAGGCCACCCCAUCUGGAAAGAGGUACAAGUUUGUGGCCACCGGACACGGGAAGUACGAGAAGGUCCUGGUGGACGAGGGCCCGGUACCCUAGGGCCUGCGUCUCGGUACACACCAGAAGCACCUCUGUGUCCCCAGACUCACCAGCCCCCGGCCUUAGCUAAGAGAUUGCUUCCUGUUGCCACUGUAGCCUGACCUUGUCCCUCUGACACCCCCACUGCUGUCACCACCCCCUUUUGCUUCUGGACCCUCCCACCCCUAUCCCACCCCACUGAUCCCCCAGCUCUGUCUCUGGCAUCUCAGAGGAAAGAGAUUCCUGACGGUUGGCUCAAUGGCCCAUGCCCUGGAGAGGCCGAGCCUUCCCAAGGAAGGCCAGAGAUGGAGGCCAGCCUGUGCAAGAGGGCCGGUCACCCGCCACACAGCAGGAGCCCUGCGCUGGGACGGACACGGCCUCAUGCCCUCCCUGCUCUGCCUGCGGAAGACCCACUUUGUACAAUAAAGUUCCUUGAGCAGCCCCCA